GCAGCUCUAAAUGCAGACAGCAGUAUCACGCCACACUCACCAGAAGAUGAAGAAGAAGCUGAUCAUCGACGCAGACAUUGGGGUGGAUGAUGCUCAGGCCCUCAUGGUGGCCCUCACGGCCCCCGAUGUGGAGAUUUUGGGGAUCACGUGCUGCUACGGCAACACACCCCUGGACAACGUCCUGAAGAACACGCUGCGUGUCCUGAAAGUCUGCAACAGAAUGGAUAUCCCAGUGUACCGCGGAUGUUCAGAGCCCCUGCUGGCUCAUAAACGCCACGCCGGAGAUUACCACGGGAAGGACGGGCUGGGGGACGUCCCAGAUCCAGAUGCUCCAGGCCUGGAGCUGCUGCAGAAGAAAAGAGGAGUGCCGGCCAUGAUCAAGCUUGUCAACCAAAACCCUGGAGAGGUGACUCUGGUUGCUGUUGCGCCCCUCACUAACCUGGCUGUCGCAGUACAACUGGACCCUUCCUUCCCCAAGAAGCUGAAGGCGCUCUACGUCAUGGGAGGAAACACUGACUCCAGGGGGAACACCACAGUGUGUGGAGAGUUUAACUUUGUGGCUGACCCCGAGGCUGCCUACGUCGUGUUGGACCGCUACACCUGCCCCACCUACAUAGCCCCGUGGGAGUUCAGCUGCAGGAACAGCCUGCCAUGGUCUUUCUGUGAGAACUGGCUGGCCCAAGACACUGAGAAGGCUGCUUUUAUGAAAAAGAUCACAUGCCUCUCCAUGAAGAAAGCUCAGUCAGCAGACUAUCAGAAGGAGAUCACAGAAGGAAAAGGGUUCAAUUCCUGCGACACCUACGCCAUGGCUGCCGCCGUCGAUGACACAUUCAUAACAGAGAGUGAUGAGGUCGCAGUGACAGUGGAGCUGCAGGGGACCUACACCCGAGGCAUGAUGGUGCUGGACUACAUGGGCCUGCUGAAGAAGGAACACAAGGCUUUCAUCAUGAAGAAGGUGGACUUGGAGAAGUUCAAGCAGAUGUUCAUGAACUCACUCAAGUAGAAAUAUACUGUGACAAGCUGAAUUUGGUUCACCAAAAUAAAAGAAUAUUUGAACAUUAUGUUUUCUCUUUUUUUAAACUGUUUUCUUUAGUUCCUUGUCUUCACUACAGACACACAUAACGUGUCUAGUCACAUGGAAUGCAAUGUAAAGUUUGCAUAGUUGCCUGGUUUCCAAAGAACACACAAGAAAGAAGUUGUGUGGGUGUAAACAUUGUACAAUGAAACAUGAAACUGUCCCCAAUUAACCUCAU